AUCAAGAUACUUUCUUGGUCUUUCUUAAUCUUUGUUUUUAUGAUGAAUGUCUAAACAAAAACACCUACUCUGGAUCGAAGACAACCGUCUUGCUCCCAUGUUUCAACCCGCGAAUCAACUUGAAUGUGUUGUUUAGACAAGCCUUUAUUUCUUCCCCAGGAGAUAACCAUUCACAAAUCCAAACAGAAAAGAGCAUGAUGUAUCAACUAAUACUUGCGACCAUGAUGUUAUUGGCAACUGAAAUCAAUUCAGCACCACCCCCAGAACCAGGAUGCCCUACCAGCUGUGGAAAUCUGACCAUCCCUUAUCCAUUCGGCACGAGUCAUCAUUGUAGUCAUGAUAAUUCUUUCCUUAUCAAUUGCAACCAUAGCUAUAAUCCUCCCAAGCUCUUCUUAAACUCAAGCAGCAUUGAAGUUCUAGACAUAUCCCUUGAUGGAUCACUGAAAGUAGCAUCUUUUAUUGCUAGCGAUUGUUAUGACAAGUCCGGUGCGCAGAUUAGUGGCACCGUCUCAGAGCUCACCCUGUCCAAGUUCUUGAUUUCUAGCACCCGAAACAAGUUCAUAGCCAUUGGAUGUGACACGUAUGCACUGGUAGAAGGAUCUGAUGAAUGGAAGCAGAUGAGUGCUGGGUGUGUUUCUUGGUGUGACAGCAUUGAAAGUGUGGUUAACGGGACUUGCUUUGGCAUUGGCUGCUGCCAGACUUCGAUUCCUAACGGAGUAAAAGACUUCUUGGUGGAUAUUCGGAGUUUUAGAAACCACACAAGGGUGAAAAGCUUUAAUCCUUGUGGUUAUGCAUUCGUAGUUGAAGCUAAGGCCUUUGAGUUUUCAUCCUCAGACUUAAAGAAUUUACAGAACAGAAAGACUGUCCCUGUUGUUCUUGAUUGGACUUUAGGAAAUAUAACUUGCCAAGAAGCCAGAAAGAAUGUUUCCAGCUUUGCUUGCCGAGCCAACCACAGUGAAUGCGUUGAUUCCAGCACUGGUCUUGGCUAUCGUUGCAAUUGUUUCACGGGAUUUCUGGGCAAUCCUUACCUUGUUGAUGGAUGUGAAGAUAUUGAUGAGUGUGAUACUCUGAAGCCCUGCGAGGGAACAUGCACAAAUUUGGAGGGCAGUUAUUCAUGUUCUUGUCCAAAGGGGUUUGAAGGUGAUGGAAAGAAAGAUGGCUCCGGUUGUCAUCGCAAAAGUAAAAUCAAUGGCUCUACCUUGUUCUACGUUGUUUCUGGUUUCACGGUUCCUGCUGUCGGCAGUUCUUGGAUAUUUUGGAGGCGUAAGCAAAAGAAAGUCGUGAAACUAAGGCAAGAUCUGUUCCGCAGAAAUGGUGGUCUUCUCCUAAAAUAUAUGUUGUCCCGUCAGACAACACUUUUCACAAUUUUCACAGCAGAAGACCUGAAAGAAGCCACAAACAAUUAUGAUGAGAACAGAAUUCAUCGGGGACAGUGUAAUUCUGGAAUAACUUACGAAGGAAUAUUAGCUGAUAGAUCAAACUUAAAAGUGCUCAUAAAGAAGUGUCAUGCAGUUGAUGGAGACUGUGUAGAGGUUUUUGUCCAUAAUGUAGCCAUUCUUUCCCGAAUUCAACACAGGAAUGUGGUAAGGAUGAUAGGGUGUUGUUUAGAGACACAAGUCCCCCUAUUGGUUUAUGAAUUCAUCACUUCUGAUACCCUUCAUGAUUGUGUCCACAACGAUGCUCGUGCACGUUUUCUUUCAUGGGAUAUUCGUCUGAGGAUAGCUGCCGAAACAGCCAGAGCAGUUUUAUACUUGCAUUCUGAAACAGCACCAGCACAGAUUAUACAUGGAAAUGUCAACAGCUCUAGCAUUUUACUAACCCAUGAUUAUACUGUGAAAAUACAUUUGGACCCCAAUAUUGGAUUAAUGACUUCACCGCAGGAUGCUGCUUCACAUUCAGUCGUGGGCACAAUUGGCUAUUUGGACCCUGAGUUCUGCUUAUGCGGUCACUUGACGGUAAAGAGUGAUGUUUACAGUUUUGGGGUCGUCCUGGCAGAGCUAUUGACGGGUGAAAAGGCAGUGAGUUUUGAGAGGCCACAAGGAGAAGAACAUCUGGCUACAUAUUUUGUCUCUUCACCUAGAGAUAACUUGGUCAGGAUACUGGAUGCUCGUUUGGUAAGUGAGGGUAGGAUUGAGCAACUAACAGAAGUUGCUGAGCUAGCAAAGAGGUGCUUAUCCCAUUCAUCCGUGGACAGGCCAAGUAUGCGAGAAGCGGCUGUCACCCUGGACAACGUUAUAAGCAUGACUUCAUUUUCAACAACAAUCAGUCCAAACUCAAGCCAGCAGACAACUACGCGUAGAGUUGUGAGACGAAACAGGAGCUUCUAGUUGUCUUUGUUUUUUGUGAAUCCAGAGCCCAAGUUUUGAUAAUUUUUCCAUUUGAGUUCCAUCACUCUUGGAGAGGAAACAACUUAAAGCUUUAGCCUUCAAAGCAUACAUACUCGGGCUUCAAGUCGAAUUUUGCUUCAGACACUGUAAUUUCUACAGAGUCUCAAGUUCUCAGUUGAGGUCUACUCCAUGAUAUGAAUUCAAAUUAAGCAUCUGAUCAUGAUCCCUUAAACUCAAUAUUUAUGAUACAUAUCCGAAUGUAAACUUUCUGUUCAUUCUCAGAGGAAACAAAUCAAUGGACACUUACACAA